UCAGCGAUCAAACCGGUGUUGGAGUGUCGACGAGAGAAAGGGUUUAAUGGGCGAUUAAAUAACAAAAUGGUUUGAUUUUAAUUUAAGUGUUAGUGAUCUAUUCGAAUUUAGAAGGAGGAGGAAGAUGGUGCUGGUAUUAGCAUUGGGGGAUCUUCAUAUUCCACAUAGGGCAGCUGAUCUUCCAGCAAAGUUUAAGUCUAUGCUUGUUCCUGGAAAGAUCCAACAUGUCAUCUGUACUGGUAAUCUCUGUAUUAAAGAGGUUCAUGAUUACUUAAAGACUCUUUGUCCUGACUUGCAUAUUACUAGAGGCGAGUAUGACGAGGACUCACGUUACCCUGAGACCAAGACACUAACAAUCGGUCAAUUUAAGCUUGGAUUAUGCCAUGGCCACCAGGUUAUUCCAUGGGGUGACUUGGACUCAUUAGCCAUGCUUCAAAGGCAAUUAGAUGUAGACAUACUUGUGACUGGCCACACCCAUCAGUUCACAGCAUACAAACAUGAAGCUGGGGUUGUUAUAAAUCCAGGAUCUGCUACUGGUGCCUACAGUAGCAUCACAUAUGAUGUCAACCCGAGCUUUGUUCUCAUGGACAUCGACGCCCUGCGUGUUGUGGUCUAUGUUUAUGAACUCAUUGAUGGAGAAGUCAAAGUUGACAAGAUUGAUUUCAAGAAGACAACAACACAAAAUGCUAAUUGAAUAGCAGAACUUGUAACUCAGCUGAUUUUACUGGAAUCCUAAAGAGUCGGAAGACAUUAUAUACCUUUGUUUGCUUGUUUUCACCGCUUUUUUUGCUGUCUUUGUUCUUUAUUUCCAGUUGCUUCUGAUUAUUCAGGUUUAUGUCCAGUUACUUGAGUUGGUAUGCAUUUAAAAAUUCAGUUGUUUAAUUGGAAAAAGUCUUAAAAGUGUUUGUUUUUCUUCUCUAUAGCUGGUGCAAACUCUCCCGUGUAAAUUCCCCUGAGCCCUUUUGGAUUUUGCUAGCUCCCUGGAACUAUAGCUAGUAUGUUAUGGAGCCACAUCUUUUGUAAUUCUGCAUGCUUUUGCUAUUAUACUUUGCAUUUUCUUGA